AUGAUCGAUCCUCACAAUAGUACUGUUGAAUACCUCUUGAAAGAGACAGCAACCCGAGUUGAGAAAUAUGCAUCCUCGGGAAACGAAUCAGCUCGGGCUGAUGCCCUAAACCAGUGCCUCAAGCUGACUCGCGCUCUUGAGAAGCCAAAAGAUGCAGUCUUGAAGCUCUCCCUUUCACCUGUGCUAUUCGUGGCCGUCAAAAUAGGCCAUAAUUUAGGAAUCUUCCAGAUACUCGUGAAGUCUGGCCCAGCUACCGCAAAAGAGAUGGCAGCUGCACAAAAUGCAGAUCUUGCUCUGGUUGAUCGCAUUCUACGCACUUUGGCGUCCAUCGGAUACGUGCAGGAGCGUGGUGCCGAGCUAUAUGCACCAAGUCCGCUAUCAUACGAAUUGACACAAAGAGCUACUAUUGGGAUGAUGGACUCACUGUUUCGCGAAUGGCAACCAGCCAUCACUCGAGGUCCAGAAUUUCUCCAAAUUACAGGCUAUCAAAAUCCGGAAGAUCCCUGGGCUGGUCCUUUCCAGCAAGCUUAUGAGACAAAAGAUGCCGUCUGGGAAUGGCUCGAAAAACGUCCAGAGGAGUUAGCCCGCUUCAACCCAUUUAUGGAGGGCGUCAGGGAGAAUCGCCAGCAUUGGGUAGAUUGGUUCCCUAUGCAAGAACAGGUGCUGAAUGGCUCAUCUGGAUCAUACGACCAGCCUCUAUUGAUUGAUCUGGGCGGCGGUCGCGGCCAUGAUAUAGCCUACUUCGCCGCACGAUUCCCAGACGUGCCGGGGCGACUUAUCCUGGAAGAUAUUUCUCCUGUUAUCGAUGACACACAGAAGCUAGACCCAAAGAUAGAACGCUUCAAGCAUGACCUCCUUACCCCUCAGCCUAUAAAAGGUGCUCGUGUCUACUACAUGAAAUGGGUCUUACAUGACUGGUCAGAUGAGAAGUGCAGAGUCAUUCUGGGUCAUAUUGCGGCUGCGAUGAAAAAAGGAUACUCUAAGCUUUUGAUUGAGGAGUUCGUGCUCCCUAACACUGAUGCACAGCUUCUCCCGAUAAUGUUUGAUAUGAUGGUGAUGGUGGCUGGUCCCGGUAUGGAACGAACUCGUUCGCAGUGGACAAAAUUGCUGAAAUCCUCUGGUUUGGAAGUGAAGAAUUUCUGGGUUCCUAAUGGAGAUUCAUCGGGUUUCAUCGAGGUGGAAUUGGCUUAG